AUGACAAAGCACAUCUUUCUGCUCCUGCUGGGCCUGUUUUUGCUGGUGAUCUCCCUGCAAGCUUUGACAUGUGUCACAUGUGAUAGGUUUACUUCUCAGGGGAUUUGUGAGCGUGGAGAAGGCUGCUGUCAGGCUAAACCUGGUGAGAAGUGUGCCUUGCUCACAACCUUUAAAGAUGGCAAAAUUCUGUUUGGGAACCAGAGAUGUGCUAACAUUUGCUUCAAUGGGACUAUUAAGAAUGGAAAUCAGACAGUAAUAAUGAAGUGUUGCAAGAAAAAGUCUUUCUGCAAUCAAAUAUAA